AGUGAGCACAAAGCUGAAACUACAAGCAGGACAGAAAGUGAAACUGGGCGCAGCCCCCAGUAUAAGACCCCCCUAUCCAGGAGAUGGCCGCAUACAGAGGCUGGGCCCUGACAUGGGCCAGGUGACAGGAGGCCUUGGCUGGCGGCUCAGCCUGCUGCUGCUACCCUUGCUUCUGGUACGAGCUGGUGCCUGGGGAUUCCCAACAGGCCCCCUGAGCCUUCAGGAGCUGCGUAAGGAAUUCACCGUCAGCCUGUACCUGGCCCGGAAGCUGCUCUCUGAGGUCCAGGGCUACGUCCACAGCUUCGCUGAAUCUCACUUGCCAGGAGUGAGCCUAGACUUCCUGCCCCUGGGACACCAUCUCACCAAUGUCUCCCUGACCUUCCAGGCAUGGCGUCACCUCUCUGACCCAGAAAGACUCUGCUUUCUCUCCACCACACUUCGACCCUUCCCUGCCUUGCUGGGGGCGCUGGGGACUCAGAGGACCUGGACCAGCUCAGAGAGAGUGCAGCUGUGGGCCAUGAGGCUGGAUCUCCGGGACCUCCACAGGCACAUCCGUUUCCAGGUGCUGGCUGCAGGAUUCAACUGCUCUGAGGAGGAGGAGGAGGAAGAGGAGGAAGAAGGGCAGGAGCUGCUCCUAGGGGCUCUGGAUGGCCCCAACCAGGUGUCAUCCCAAGUGUCCUGGCCCCAGCUGCUCUAUACAUACCAGCUCCUACACUCCCUGGAGCUUGUCCUGUCUCGGGCUGUUCGGGACCUGCUGCUGCUGUCCUUGCCUGGGCACCCGGGCCCAGCUUGGGAUUCCUAACACCUAGCUCCCAGCCCUCUGGAGUGACCUUUCAGCUCCCUUCCCUUACCCCUGAAGACUCUAAGGCUGGAGCCUGGCCAACGGUGUGGGACAGUCUCCAGCUCAUUUGCCUUAGCUCAGGCAGGGCUUCACUAGUUCCCAGCCCUGGCCCCGUAACUUAAAAGCCCUCUGGUCCUUACCAGGUAUUUAUUUCUUGGAUAUUUAUUUAUUUUUACAAAACGAUGGUUUAUUUAUUUGUUUCAUUCUUGAGUUAGGCCAACAUGCUGGGUACCUAAUAAAGCCCUCUGGCCCAUUUUGUACCUCC